GGCACUUCCGGUCUCUUAGAGAACUUACCGAGCUAUAGCGCGCCGGACUUCCGGAAUGCUGACGGGGGGGAAGGGAAGCGACGUGGCAGUGACGUCAGCGCGGCCGGUAGAUCCCGGUGGCGGCGGCGGCGGCGCCAGGCCCGAACCAAGUCCCGCGGCAGGUGAUGAGCCCCGAUGAACGCGCGGCGCCGGCACGGCUCUAGGCAGCGGGAACCGGGCGUUUACCUGGGACCCCCCCAAACACAGGCCGUGCCCCCACCGCCCCUCGCCGCCCCCUCCCCGCCGCCCCUCCCCCCGCCACCGGACGCCAUGUCGUGUCGCGAUCGGACCCAGGAGUUUCUCUCCGCUUGCAAAUCCCUGCAGGGCCGGCAGGAGGGGGCGCAGCCCGGCAGAGCGGCCCCGGGCCCCGGGCGGCAGCGCAGCGAGUUCAGCCUCAUGGCGAAGCGCAUCGGGAAGGACCUCAGCAACACCUUCGCCAAGCUGGAGAAGCUGACGAUCCUGGCCAAACGGAAGUCCCUCUUCGAUGACAAAGCAGUGGAGAUCGAGGAGCUGACCUACAUCAUCAAGCAGGACAUCAACAGCCUGAACAAGCAGAUCGCGCAGCUGCAAGAGGUGGUGCGGGCCAGGGGGGGCCAGAGCGGGCGGCAUGUCCAGACCCACUCCAACACCGUCGUGGUGUCACUGCAGUCCAAACUGGCUUCUAUGUCCAACGACUUCAAAUCGGUGCUGGAGGUGCGGACAGAGAACCUGAAGCAGCAGCGGAGCCGCCGCGAACACUUCUCCCGUUCCCCCGUCUCCGCUUUGCCCCUCGCUGCCAGCAACUUGGGUAGCUCAGCGGUGCUGCAGGACGAGCCGCAGCGCUCUGGGGCAGUGGCCAUCGAGAUGGACGCACGGACGAGCCAGCAGCUACAGCUGAUCGACGAGCAGGAUUCCUACAUCCAGAGCCGGGCAGACACGAUGCAGAACAUCGAAUCCACCAUCGUGGAGCUGGGCUCCAUCUUCCAGCAGCUGGCACACAUGGUGAAGGAACAGGAGGAGACGAUCCAGAGGAUCGACGCCAGCGUGGAGGACGCGCAGCUGAACGUGGAGGCGGCGCACGGGGAGAUCCUCAAGUAUUUCCAGUCGGUCACGUCCAACCGUUGGCUGAUGGUCAAGAUCUUCCUCAUCCUCAUCGUUUUCUUCAUCAUCUUUGUCGUUUUCCUGGCCUGAACGUCCUUUUCCCCCUUCCCUUGUCCCACCGGCCGGGACAGACGGACUCAGUCCGUGCUCUGCGGGGCUCGGAGACGGACAUCUGCGUGGGGAUGGGGUAGGGUCCUUCCUGGGACCCCAACUUGCCUCGGGGACCCUAACCUGCCUCCGGGACCCUCUUGUUGUCCCACCAGGGGCCAGGCAGGGCCAGGGUGUGGGGGGCAGCACCCCAACUUCCCUCUGAAGGGUCCCACAGCCUACGCCGAGGCCUGUCCCCGUCUCUGCCUGGUCAUGGUGGCUGUGUGGCCCCUCCUGGUGGGCCAGGAAUCCCAGGAAUGCUGCCAUCCCCCUUCCCAGGCUGCAGACCCCCGGAGGGGUUGUGGACCCUGUUAAAGCCGUGGGACCCCCCCGGGAUGGGGCACUGCGGACCCAAGUAAAGCCGUAUGGCUCCCUGGAUGGGGUUGUGGACCCAAGUAAAAGCUGCAGGACCCUUGGAUGGACUGGGGUGGGGGGGCUGUGGACCCCAGUAAAGCUGCGGGCCACCCCCCGGGGGCUGCAGCCCCCCCAUUAAAACGUUGCGACCCCGGU